AUUCAGUCAGUCUUAAAGUACAUCUCAACGAGACUGAUAAUACAAGUUUUUCAAGUUAGCAUUCAAACAAAAAAAAAUUAAUAAAAAUAAAUUUUCGAGUUCAAUUAACUUAAAUUGAAAUAGCAUUAGUGUUAGUAUAAUUUUGAGUAUUUAUUAUAUUUUUCAUAUUAUAUUUGGAAUAAAAAAAAACUUAAUUAAAAAAUGCCAGUGGAUAUUAAAAAUGUGCUUGUAUGUGAUGCAGUGGACAAUGCUUGUAUUGAACUUUUACAAAAUAAUGGAAUCAAGGUUGAACGUAAAUUGAAAUUAACUGAAAAGGAAUUAUGUGAAGAAGCGAAAAAUUUUGAUGGAUUCAUUGUACGAUCAGAUACAAAAAUUACAAAAUUAAUUUUAGAAACUGGAAAAGGAAAAUUAAAGGUUGUUGGUAGAGCUGGAGCUGGUGUUGAUAAUAUUAAUGUUGAAGAAGCAACAGCAAAUAAUGUUUUAGUAUUAAAUACACCUGGUGGUAAUUCUAUAUCAGCUUGUGAAUUAACAUGUAUUUUAAUUGGUGCAUUAUCAAGACAUGUCGUACCAGCAUGCGAUAGCAUGAAACGUGGUCAAUGGGAUCGUAAAUUAUAUAGUGGUAACGAAUUAUAUGGUAAAACAUUAGCCAUUUUAGGUUUAGGACGUAUUGGUCAAGAAGUUUCCCGUCGCAUGAAUACAUGGGGAAUGAGAGUUAUUGGGUAUGAUCCAAUUACAACACAUGAACAAGCUAAAGCGGCUGGUAUUGAAAAAAUGGAAUUAGAUGAAAUUUGGCCAUUAGCUGAUUAUAUUACAGUUCAUACACCAUUAAUUCCAGAAACAAGAGAUUUAAUUUCGGCAAAAACUUUAAAAAAAUGUAAAAAGGGUGUUAAAGUUAUUAAUGUAGCCCGUGGAGGUAUAAUUAAUGAAAGUGAUGUUAUUGAUGCUUUAGAAAGUGGACAAUGUGGAGGAGCUGCCUUUGAUGUUUAUGCUGAAGAACCACCAAAAAGUGAAGUUACAAAGAAAUUAAUUUCUCAUGCAAAAGUUAUUGCAACACCACAUUUAGGUGCUAGUACAUCGGAAGCACAAGUAAGAGUUGCUGUUGAAGUUGCUGAACAAUUUAUUGCUUUAACUGAUAAAAAUGCUAAUUACAAGAACUACAGUGGAGUAAUUAAUCAAAAAAUAUUAAAAGCAUAUUUUUAGAUAUUGUUUUUUUUAUCAUGUUUUAUACACUAUGCAUUUAAAUAUAUACAAUGUAAUUUGUUGUUUGAACUUGUUUUAUGAAUAACUG